AUGGCUCAACCCCCCGAAGCAGCCCCGUUGCGACUGCAGUCCUCUCUGGACUCGGCUCCUGUUCAGCCGCGCGUGCAGCCAAAUCUUGACGCGCUUAUUGUCAGGGUUGAGCAGCAGGAGCAGCGGCAACAACAACAACGACAUCAUCACCACCAAGAACCACAGCAACAAUUACAACAGGCCCAAAAUCAAGAGAAGGCACAAUCACCUGGGCUGCCACAUACUAAUAAUACCACGCCGACUAUCGGGAGCGGCACCCAUUCCACCGAACCUGAGCGCGGGCAUAGCCCUAGCACUGGCGACGCGAAGACCAGGGUGGAAGCUAUCCUGUCGGCCGACACUGGCGUAAACAGUUACGCGUCGGCUGCUGCGCCAGCCGCCCACGGCGCCCACGACACGCAGAGCGACACGCAGCACAACGGCGGCGCGCCAGGGCCGGGCCUCCCCGACAUGUCCAACACGCAUCAGGCGUCCGGGCCCGCCCGGCACCCGGUGACAUACGCAAGCCCGGCGUCCUACCCGCCAGCCGGCAUGCCGCCCGUCUCUCCGUAUCUGUAUUCAACACAGUCAAUCCCGUCCGACCCGUACCGGCCGAACCCAACAACUCUCCCCAGCAUGCGGACGCUCGAUCACCGGCAACCACAGACACAGCCGCAGCAAGGAAUUCCCCUGAGCGCACACAUGGCAGGCCCCGUGACGCCGGCUCCCGCGCCCGCUCACAUGGCGGCCUACUACGGCGUCCACCCGCAGUCGCACAUGUACGGCCUUCCUGACCCCAACGCGAUGCGGUUUGCGCUUGCCCCGGGCUUGGGUCACGACCCGCGGAUUGCCUUGAGCGGAGGGAGACAUAAAAAGGAGAUCAAGCGGCGGACAAAAACUGGAUGUCUAACGUGCCGGAAACGGAGAAUAAAGUGCGACGAGGGCAAGCCGACGUGCAACAAUUGCAAAAAGUCGAAGCGCGAAUGCAUGGGUUACGAUCCAAUCUUCAAGCAGCAGCACGGACCAGCAGCCAUCCAACCCGCUCCGAGCACUCAGACGCCCCCGGCCGUCUCCACGACCGCCGUACAAGCGCCGACCUUGCCGUCUUCGGCCCCGCAUCCAUACCAACCAACAUAUUCGCCUUCUGUCCCAUCAACCAUUGCACACGACUCCUCGGCGAUCCCGUCCACCGCUCCGUACAGUGUCAAACCCGAGCCUGGCUACGAGUACUCGACGGCCAUUGACCCUGCACUGCAAGGGACCGACGCUGCCGGCACACGAGCACCGCGAUACCAGCAGAGUAACGCUGCUCCGAGUGCGCGCUCGGGCCCGGGCAUUGGUGAUACAAACCCUUUGCGAGGAAUGAAGAUGCGAGUCGAUGAGCUCAUAGCUCUGGGUGGCGUGCCGCCUCAGCCACCAGCCACACCGCCGUCGGUCGAGAUGCUCGACGAGAUUACCGAGCUCUACUACGAUAUUUACGUCCCUGGCCUCACCCUCUUCUUUGAAACGUGCUGGUAUGACUUCGCAAAGAACCCGGCCAUGACAGCCAACCCCUCGGCUGUGCUUCUCAACAACCAGCCUAUCGUUUCCCUCUUCGCGUCUUUUAUCCAAUCAAUCUCCGACGUCAAACGUGCCGACCCCGCAGACAUGGUCCAGUCCGGUCACCUCGAGUCAUCCCUCAUUUGGACCCUUGCCCGCCUUCCUCACUCAAUCCGUCUCCCCCAGCGCCAGCAAUACCCGGACAUGAUUCCUGGCGAGUUCGAUCAUUGGGAGGCGCGCGGCCGCGUGCAGGUCUUAGAAGCCCUGCUGACGGGCGAGACGAUCCUGGGCAACCCUCUCUCACCGCCACCUACUGGCAACAACAUUCACCUACUUCGCAGAAAUGAAUUCGAGUUCUGGUAUCAGCUUGCAAACUACCUUCUCCAGAACCACGCCUCGUCGUUGCCCGAGGAUGUUUUGACCCGGGAGCGGUACCUGAAUGCGAUGAGAUCGCUGCUGGAUGGCCGGGAGAAUCGAGAUGUGCUCUACAGCAUCGCGGUGCUGAGGGAGUACACGGCGCAGUGGGAUGCCGCGUACAACGAGCAGAACGUGCCAUCGCAUCUGGAGGAGUCGGAUCCCCGCUGCAAGCUUGCCGUCGCGACGAGGUUCAUACGGGACGAGUCUCACUCUGCGGGCGGUACCACCAAUGUGGUCCGUCGGAUGGCGGAGCUGGCUUAUCGCGCCUUUGUCCGACCGGGCGCCAACGUUAAUAGGGAUAGGCGGCGAAGCUAG